UCUCGCUCCCCUUCGACGUCCCCGCCUUCUUCUCUCUCUCUCUCUCUCUCUCUCUCUCUCAAUUUUCCAAAAGCCCCCUCCAAUCUCCAUAAUUUCCUCAAACGGCCCUCCAGCCUUUCUCUGUCUCUAAAAUUAUGACGCGUUUGAGCCUCGUCCCGUUCAUGGAGUCGUUCCUACGCCUCUCCUUCAUCUCCGCCGGCCUCCGCCACCGCACAAUCGCCAUCGACGCCGAGACGACCCUCCGCUGCUGGAUCUCCAACUCCCUCCCCAUCCCUUCCGAUUCUCCCCGUAACAGCCGUAGCACUAAGCCCCCGCUCGUCCUCAUCCACGGAUUCGGCCCCACCGCCACGUGGCAGUGGAGCCACCAGGUCCGCCCCCUGUCCCGCCACUUCGACCUCGUCGUCCCCGACCUCCUCUUCUUCGGUGGUUCCACCACCCGCUCCCCCCACCGCUCCGAGGCCUUCCAGGCCGCCGCCCUCGCCCGCCUCCUCGACGCCCUCGGCCUCUCCAAGAUCUCCGUCGUCGGCACCAGCUACGGCGGCUUCGUCUCCUACCACCUCGCGCGGGCCCUCGGCGCCGAGCGCGUCGACCGGGUGGUCAUUGCCAGCUCCGACAUCCUCAAGGCCGCCGGCGACGACCGUGGCCUGGCGGAGCGUGCCGGCGUGGAGAGCGUCCAGGACCUGAUGCUCCCCCGUACCGCCGCCAACCUCCGGGCGCUUAUCUGCCUCGCCGUCCACCGCCCGCCACGCUUCUUGCCGGAAUUCCUGCUCCGCGACGUCGCAGGGAAUCUUUUAAAUAAGAACCUAGAAGAAAAGAAGGAACUGAUGAAAGCAAUCACUCUAGGCAACAAAGAUGAGUUCCAACUUACUCCUCUCCCUCAGGAUGUUCUAAUCAUAUGGGGAGAGCAUGAUCAUAUUUUCCCCUUGAAUAAGGCUUAUGAGAUUAAAAAGCGUCUUGGAGAGAAGGCGAGAUUAGAAAUUAUGAAGGAUACAGCUCAUAUGCCGCAGGUGGAGGACCCAGACCAAUUCAAUGAGAUCCUCCUGAACUUCUUAUUAGGUAUUCCUAGGUCUGCAGUGUGAAUUUUGACCUAUGAUGCUUGAGAGCCCCCCGGGCUCCAAUUUAUGGGCACUACAAUAUUAUUUGGACUUGGAUCAAAAGUCCAGCCUUUGUGUAACAAGGUGUUUAAGUUACUAUGUUCCCUACUAUUUUAUGGUUAAGCAAGUUUUGUAGAGUAAAGAAGCAACAAACAAGGGAAAGGAAUGGCUUAUAUGAUUUUAGGAUCCGAGAUGUACCAUGCAUGCGAGAGGUAGCAUGCUUGGC